ACAGUCUUUUGAAUCGACUGCCUUGACAGGCAUCUCGUAUUCUUCCGGUACCUCGUCGGACUGCUUGCUUGUUCCUCCCCCAGCAUCGAUUGAAACUCGCCUUGUGCUACUGUAGGUCGACAAACGGAUUGCUCGAUGCGGAGGGGGGAGUAGCCAGUUGCCCGCCAGUGUAGAGCGUAUUAAAGGAGGGCGGGAUGAACCUCAACACCUCAUCCCAAAGACUCAACUCGAGCUCAACACUCAUUUAAACCUCUCAAAUCGAGCUCGCACUCUCAUAACACGCAAAUAUGUUCCGAGCUAACCCCCAAACCAACAUUUCUUCAUCCUAUAUUCCUGAUAGCACACCCAAAGUGUGUGCGAUGGCGGUUACCGAAGCCCAGAAGGCUCCCUCCGUCACCGUCAGCAACGAGGCGAUCGUCGGUGCGGUGGGUGGUGUGCCUAGCGUAACCGGCGCCGAAGCCGUCGUCGGCAAGCUCGACCAGCUCUGGGACAGCGGGGCCACCAUCACCUACUCGUAUCUCAACGGCACGCCCGCCCAGCAAGCCAAAGUCGACGGAGCCAUCCUCGAGUGGUUCCCUUACGCAAAUAUCACCUUCCAACGCGCUCUCGCCGGCAUUCUGCGCAUCUCGUUCAACACCCAGCAAGGUUCCUGGAGCUAUGUCGGCCUGGAAGCACUCGAGGUUCCGAAGAAUCAGCCUACUCUGAACCUCGGAUGGGUUUCCGAUUCAGCGCAGACAACGCAGGAAGAACGCGGCCUGAUCCUGCACGAGUUCGGGCAUGUCCUCGGCUUGAUGCACGAACACCAAAGCCCAGCACACGGCGGCGCAGUCACUCUCGACGCCAACGCAGUGCACGCCCACUUCGCCAGCAGCCUCGGGUGGAGCGCCGACAUGACCAAGACGCAGGUCGUCGACCACUACAGCACCACGAGCGUGUCCAAUUUCCCCGCGGUCGACCCAAGCUCGAUCAUGGCGUACUUCCUGCCCCCUGCGCUCAACGAGCAGCGCGUGCAGAUCCCCGCGAACGUGAGUCUGUCGGAGUCCGACAAGGCGUACAUGGUUCUCGCGUACCCGCGCCCCAAGCCCCACGCGCUGGCGCCCAACUGGACACUCGAGCGUGCGCUGCAGGUGUUCGGUGCGGAUCCUGAGACGGCCCAGGGGAUCCUGUCGGCGCGCGGCGACGUGCUGAAGAUUCGGGCGCUAUUCCUCUCGUUCCUCGUGCAGAAGCGCACGGGGCUCGAGACGCGUAUCAGCACGGACGGAUUCGAGAGCGACGAGGAGGAGCGGAGCGGGACGAUGGAGUUCGUCCGGAAGGAGGUAGAGGUAGAGGAGCCGGUAGAGAUCGUCGCGCCGUCGCCGUUCGUUCCGCCCAUCCACGACUUUUAUCUCCAAAACGGGCCGGCGAACGUCGUGCCGCUCGUGCCUCUGUCUGGGAGUCCACCUGGCCGAUCGCUUACAGCGGCGUUUUAUGCGAAACAAGAAGUUGCGGAACCCAUACAGACUGUCGUGCCGCCUCCGGAACCAGUCGUCGUCGCGCCGCAACCCGCCGUCGUCAUUCCAAUCCCGGUGGUGCCUGCAGAGGAACUCAUCGCAGCCACUGAAAUUCCUACGUCGAUCCCAGAGACAGCUCCAGCUCCAGCCGUCGUCUUCGUGCCUGAGCAAGAGGCGACCGCUGUUCUCACAGCGGAGCCACAACACGAAGUAGCCCUCGCGCCGGUACAGGUCGAAGAGCCCGUGCUUCUCAUGGAAGUAGAACCAGUCGUGCAAACCCCCCUCACUGUCCCUGCUCAAACUCGCCCGCGCGGCAUGUCGCUGGUCGCCACCACGCGCAAUCGGAAACGCAGCAUCGUCGUGACCGAGAUCCCGAGACCAGUGCUCGCAGCUAUCGAAGCGGCUGCUCCUGAGAUCGAACCCGUCGUGUCGGUUUCCGAGCCGGCGAUCGUCCCUGCAGCUGAAAUCGCCACCGCCGAGCCAGUGGUGCGGACGAAGAGAAUCUUUGUUAAGAACAAGAAGGUCGGGCGGACCGAGCCGGUGACGGUACCGGUUGUUGCCGAAGUCCUUCCCGAACCGGUCGUGGUCGAGACCCCAUGCACUGAAUACCUUCCCACCCUCACCAAUGCGCUUGAAGCGGUCUUUCCGGCCGAGAAGAGCCAGACUUGGAGGCUUCAGACGAAGGGCAAGGUCAUCGACCCCGCUGAUUUCGUGUGGGACACCUCUCUCGCUGCCGCUGGAAUCGAUGCGCAGUGGAUGAAGCCAGACGAGGUCGCUGAGGCUGAGGCUAGCAUCGUCGAUCUACUGUUUGGAGGGAAAACCGAGGAUGAGGAGAAGACUCUCAGCUCUGUCUUCGAGCAGAUGCUCUACAGCCUCGUCCCCAAGCCCGUCCACAGCCCGCUGAGCGAGCAACAGGACAAGAUCCGCCAGUGGCUCCAGACCGAAGUCCCCGUCUCCCGGUGGCAGCUGGCCACGGAGAAGACCAGUGCAGACGCCGAGCGAUCGGAGACCAAGAUGUCGCGGCUCGAGCUCAGCGAGUACCUGAUGGAUCAGUACUCUGCUGCUAAGCAGGCUUGGGAGAGCGAGAAGGCGCUGCUGAUCAAGAAGCUCGCUUCGACCGACCGCACCGACAUCAAGGAACGGGCCCGCUCGAUCGCACAGCUGAGUGUUGCGCGGGAAAAGGAGAUCGCUACGAAGUAUCGGGACGCGGUCGUCGGUGGAGACAUCCACCGCGUCAAGGAAUACAUCGCGUUCUUGGACAUUCCAAUCAAUCCUGCAGCUCAUGCUUUGCAAGACGCAAAGGAAAUCCUCCGCGAAAGCUCGUCGGUUUCCCUUCCGACCGGGGAGAAGGUCUACCCCGUCCAGCUCGCCCCCGUCGACUGGUUCGCUUCGCUCCCCACGUCGUUCACCCAGCAGGAUCUCUCGAACCCCACCGAAUCUGUUGGCGGCGCUGAUGUCCGUCCGGUGACGCCGGUGAGCAGUGCACCGAUUCAGAGUCUGCUUCCCGCUGUGAAGCUCGAUGCACCCAAGGGUCGGUGGGAGGACAUUGUGCUCGAGAACGUGCGAUCGGACACUCUCUGGAGCGUCCCGCCUACGACUAUCAAAGAGGACCGCAUCGACGUGGCCUUCCGGGCUUCCAAGGUCGACAUCGAUCGCAGCGCCUGGUUCAAGCCUCAGAUCUUCAAGGACGACCAGUCGCCCUUCUACAAGAUGGACCAGUCAACUGCCCUCCCUUCCCAAGCCGGAUAUGCAGCCUCCUUCAUUGUUGCGAAGGACAUCGUCGUCCGCGUGAAACAUACCGACAUCGCGCACGACCUGAUCAACGCGAUCAAUUCGUCCUCAUUGCUGUCCUUCGCGUAUUCCAAGUACACGGACAGCUUCCAGCCGCAUGGAGAUGGAUUCCUCGUCAAGAUUCCCGGACCGCAGGUCAUCGGGUACAUCGUCGAGCCGCUGCACACGACCGCCGGCACUGCGCUCGUCCCCGCCGAUUUCACGGUCGAUGUGCCAGCCCCAGAUCUCAUCCCCCGCGUCGAGCACUUUCACCACCGGCAUGCCCAUGACACAUACCACGCUGUUUUCCCAGGGGUGAGACUCGUGAAGGUGGACGAGAAGUCGGAGUGCGCCACGUGCCAUCCCUCCCCCCGAAAUCAUGACAGCAACUCGAGCUCCAAUUACGCAGCGCUGCCGGAUGCUACCAAGAGUACGGCCAAGUCCGAACGCGCUGAUCCCGAGGAGCAGAGGAUGCCUGAGGAGCAAGGGCGGGAUGUCCGAGCGAGCUUUGGGCUGGAUGAUAGCGAUCGCUUCUUCUAGACUCGAUACUGUUUCUUCUUAGGCUCUGGUUCCAAAAUGCAUUUCCGAUGAGGUGCCCGUGGUUCACUAUCCCCUCGAUGUUGAAUGGACGGAGCGAUGAGAGGACGGGUUCGAAAUCAGAGAGACAGUCAUCGAAAAGAAUGGAUAUUCGAUACUCUGCUCGUGGAUACAUUGCAACUAUAGAAAACACCCGAGCCCAAGAAUUGAGGAUGAUCGGCCUGGGGCCGGAUAUGAGCAAGUUUCGACGAUGGAUGAUAGGCUUACAAGUACCAAAUCCGAGUCGAUGAGAUAGCACUAUCAACUGCAUCGACCCUUCUUCUGUCGCACAUGUCCCCCCUGUGCGCUCUGCUCUACUUUGCGGCUCUCUGAUUGGCCCUCAUCCUUGUAUUGCCGCUUCCCCUCUGCCCACCUCUCAGCAGUCGAUUGCGCGCUCGCAGGCUGCAAAGAUAAAGCGAUCCAGUGGCACGCGCGGUCGAUGUUCAGAUUGAAUGACAGGUCGUUGUGCGUUGCGAUGGACGAGUGUGCGGGGACGGUGGGUGGAAUGUCAAGCGGAGGGGGCUGGACGAGCGCGUCUGACAUGAGAUGUGUGGAGGACGUUUGAUAGCUUGGCAGGCCUUCAGCGAUGACUUCUUAUAUCGGAGUGGAAGAGGGAAGACGCUCUCCUAGCCGUCUCGGGACGGCAGGUAACCUUCGGGAGAGCGAUGUCCCGCAUCGAUCAAGUUCCCGACCUCAAUACAAAGUAAAGCCGAUCCCGACGCAACGCCA